AUGAGUAACAUCCAACCUGUGAAGACAGAUGGUUCCAGUACAUUACCAGAACAAAAACAUUCUUACAACACUUCAAUAUCAUCAAAUGUCACUCCUCAAUAUUUUAAACGACAUCCAUCAACUUCCAGUGGUGGUGGUUUCAAUAUGAGAUUAAGUAGAACCACUACCAAUAAUACCGAUUCAUAUGCUAAUGCAAUAGUAAAUGAUGCUCCUCAAAGUUUACGUACAAUCGAUAAGAUCCAAGGAGCAAAACCUGCCAUAACUUAUGCUGAUAAAUUAUGGACUCAAAUUGAUGUUUUAGAUGAUGUUAGAAAUAUGGCAGAAGAAGUAAAGAAUAAAGGAUCAUUCUUUAAUGAUAAAUUUAAUCAAGAAUUACUGAAAUUGAAAAUCCUGCAGAAUAAAUUAUUGGAAACUAUGUCAACUCAACAAUUUAGUGAUUUGAAUACGAAUGAACAUCAAAAACAAUUAUAUCAUCUAAGUGCAAUGUCAAAGGGAACUUCAGAUCAACAACAACAAGAGGAAGCUUCGCCUAAUGCAUCUCAUUCAGAAGAGAAUCUUGAAAUUGAGAAAAAGAAGAAGGAAGAAAAGAUAAAUGCAUUUUUCCAAGAUGAUGAUCUUGAUCAUAAGAAUCAAACCAUUUAUAAUAAACAAAACUUUGAAGAAAUAAAUCAAUACGUUGCUGAAGUUAAAAAGGAUUUGGGUCAAUUAGGAGCAGCUAUGAAGGAGUUUGAUGAAUCAACUAAAGAAAUUUGGUAG